UAUUUCAGAUUUAAAUCACAAUAAUAAUAAUUUACUGUGAAUUGUGAUAUUUAAUUUUCGUUUGCCGCUAAAAUGUUAAAAAUUUUUACAUAAAGUUCUGUUUGAGGCGUUUAAUAAAAUAGCGGCGAAAAAGUCAACUAAAAUUUUCUCUCGACCGAAUUGAUUAACAUUUAACAUAAAGUAUUAACCAUAAAAAAUAAGUACAUUAACGUUAUUACUUGUUAGGGAAGUGUCCCGAUCUUGUUUUCUAGGGGCCGUUCUUAUAAUGUCCUGUUAAGUGUAAGAACGGCUCUAGGACCGUGAAUAUGGUAUUGAGUAAUUUAUUAGGUACCUACUGUGUAUAGGCCGUGGUCAAUUUUUCUGUGGUUCGAGCGAAUUACUUUUUAAUUUUUAUCACAUUUUCCUUAUCACAAAACACCGGUUAUUUUGUGAUAAAUUAUCAGUAAACUGUAAAGAAUAAAGAAUUAACCACAGAGAUUUUCAAUUAUUCUCAGUUCUCACAUGUCUGUGACUCUGUGUCACAAUGUCACAUACGUAUUGCCUUACUAGACGUAACUAUAAAAGUGGUUAAGUACUAAAUGGUUAUAAUAAUUGUUAUUCAAUAAAAUACAAAAUAGUGAAAAUAUUAUGCCAUUUAAUUCCGUAAUGUGAUAUUGUGAUGCAUUGUAAUUUGUAACUUUUUUAAGACAUAUUAAAUUCAGUUAAAUACACAGAUAAAUAAAAUAAUUGAUUGUUUAAAUAUCUAGAGAUGGACAUUAUUUAAUAUUUUGUUUAGAUCAUUUUAAUUUAGUAAACUUUACCAACAUCAUAGGACAUAGAAAAAUCAAUAGGUCUUGAAUUACUUUUACAGACCAUUCAAAAUGAAUAAGUUUUCCAGAUUACUUGGCUGGCGUCGUUUAGCUGUAGGAAUAGCCUAUUGUCAAACAAAAGUCAUUAACCCAGAUGAGGUUGAACAACCAAUUGUCAUAGAAUUGAAUCAAAUAGCCGAAAAACUGACCCACAAAUAUUUAUUACAACAAACGUGUACUAUAUCAGUAAACAGUUCUUGUCAAAUGAUUACAAUAGCACUAGUUGCACUCAAUGAUGCAUCAAAGAAAUACAAAGAUGAACUAAUUAAGGGUAUGAACUUAUUGGAACCCAAUGAUUUGUUUGAUGAAAAAUCAGAAAAUGAUUUUAUGGAGUCUCGAUAUGAUAUUACGAAUGCAAAAUCGUUUUAUUUGGAUUCUAUUAGUGCUAUGGAUUGUGCUUUACAAUUAGGAAGGUCAAAUGCACUUAUGUCUCAUACAGUAGAAGCAAACACUGUAUUAAAUAGUAUGUCUGAAAAACUUUAUUCCGCUGAAAGAGAGUUUCAGUCUUGUGUUGAAGAGAUAAGAAAAUUAGAAGAAAAAUUUACUAGAUUAUUGGCAGACUCUGUGAAAGCAUCUAAAAAUGAAGAUAGUUAAUAAAAUAAAAUUAUUAUGAAACAUAUAA